AUGGCCGAGGGAGCCGCCGCGGCGGCGGCGUGCUUCAGCGAGGAUGAUUUUUACUGUCCCGUCUGCCAGGAGGUGUUCAAAACGCCCGUGAGGACUGCGAACUGCCAGCACGUGUUUUGCAGGAAGUGCUUCUUGACAGCCAUCAGAGAAAGUGGAACACAUUGUCCUCUCUGCCGGGGGAGCGUGACUAAAAAAGAAAGAACAUAUCCCAAAAGGGCUCUAGAUGUUGAAAACAGUAUGAAGAAAGCUUCUGGGGGCUGUAGAUGCUGUGAGAAGCAGGUUAGAUUUUCGUGGAUGAGACAGCAUUAUAAAACGUGUAAGAAGUAUCAGGAUGAAUAUGGUGUUUCUUCUAUUAUUCCAAACUUACAGAUUGCCCAGGAUUCAACAGGGAACAGUAGCAGGAGUGAUGCAAUAUCAGAUAAUGGCGAGAUGGCUAAUAAUCAAAUACUUCAAGGAGAAACAAGUGGACAUCCAACCUUCAAAUGUCCCCUGUGUCAGGAAGCCAAUUUUACCAGACAACGUUUGCUGGAUCACUGUAAUAAUAGACAUCUUUAUCAGAUAGUUCCUGUAAUCUGUCCUAUUUGUGUAUCUCUUCCUUGGGCAGAUACUAACCAGGUUACUAGAAAUCUUGUUAGCCAUCUAAAUCUAAGACAUCGGUUUGACUACGGAGAAUUUGUGAAUCUUCAGCUUGAUGAAGAAGCCCAAUACCAAAAUGCAGUUCAAGAAUCCUGUCAUGUGAACUUUUAA